AGCUCGCAAGGAUUUAUUUCGCACUUUCUAUCAUCAAAAUCAGGUAACCCAAAUGAGAAUUUAGAAUAUCCGGAUAUAGACGACAACAUGAUUUCUUUAUUGCUGCGUCGCCGACCUUUAACCGUAUACAAGACAGUAUUGUUACCGAUUCGGGGUGGACAACGAUGCUUAUCGGAAUUGAAAAAGCUUAAAGAUGAACGCAAGUCUGCUAAAAACUCAGGUAUGGUAAAAUAUGUACUGGCACAGGAGGGAUUUCAAUACGUACAGAUUACGAAGCAUCUCUACGCGGUAUGCUCCACAUAUCACAGCAUGAGCCGGGGAAAAUCCAUUGAUGAUUCUAACGAUUAUCUGCUAUCUUCCGAGCAAAGAUGCAUUAAUCGAGAGGAUUAUUUUGAAGCCAACAAUGCCGAUGAUUCUCUGAAAUUUCCACUAAAACUGGGACCACCCACAACGAAAUUUCCGGUUAGUGAAAAUGCGGACAAGUUACUAGAACAAGCCGAGUUUCGGGAACUACAGGAGAAAUUAUUAAAGGGACUCAGAGACAGGGCCAAGGAAUAUAGGUCUAAUGUUGUAGAAAAAGUUGAAAAUAAAAAUACUAAUACAAAGAUGAAAUCAAAUGAAGGAGCAAAGAAAGACAAGGAGCCAGCAGAGCCUCCCACUCCGCCUCCAAGGGGAGCUAAUCCACCAUCAAAAGAAGGUGCCCCGCCGCCACCACCGCCGCCUGGAACACCGCCAGCCCAGACCAAGACCACAUUUGGUCCACUUGCAGAUGCUGAUCGUAUCUUUACCAACUUAUAUGGACGCCACGACUGGCGUCUAAAGGGGGCCAUGAAGCGAGGCGAUUGGUACAAGACCAAGGAGAUCCUGGACAAGGGUGACAAGUGGAUUGUGCAUGAAAUCAUGACUUCGGGGCUACGGGGACGCGGUGGCGCAGGAUUCCCCAGUGGCUUGAAGUGGUCUUUCAUGCAGCAACCUCCAGAUGGCCGGCCAAAGUUCCUGUUGAUCAACGCGGACGAAGGAGAGCCGGGCACCUGUAAGGAUCGUGAAAUCCUGCGCCACGAUCCGCACAAGUUAAUCGAGGGAUGUCUUAUCGCUGGCCGGGCCAUGGGAGCCAAUACAGGAUUUGUUUAUAUCCGUGGAGAAUUUUACAAUGAGGCCAGCAACCUGCAGUAUGCCAUCAUAGAGGCCUACAAGGCGGGUUAUCUGGGCAAGAACGCUUGCGGUUCCGGUUAUGAUUUCGAUUUGUACGUGCAACGCGGAGCUGGAGCCUAUAUCUGUGGCGAGGAAACAUCACUCAUUGAAUCGCUGGAGGGUAAGGCUGGUAAGCCGCGAAACAAGCCACCCUUUCCCGCAAAUAUCGGUGUGUUUGGCUGCCCCUCAACGGUGACUAAUGUGGAAACGGUAGCCGUUGCGCCAACCAUCUGCCGCCGUGGUGGCAACUGGUUUGCCAGCUUUGGACGCACCCGGAACUCGGGAACCAAGCUAUUCAAUAUCUCUGGUCACGUGAACAAUCCCUGCACCUUUGAGGAGGAAAUGUCGAUGCCCACCAAGGAGUUGAUUGAACGCCAUGCUGGCGGAGUGAUUGGCGGCUGGGACAACCUGAUGGCCAUCAUUCCGGGCGGUUCCUCGACUCCCUGUAUUCCAAAGGAAGUUGCUGAGACCUCAAUCCAUGACUAUGAUGGCUUGAUGGCAGUGAAAUCGUCCUUGGGCACUGGCGCCCUGAUAGUGAUGAACAAGGACACGGACAUCAUUAAGGCCAUUGCUCGCCUUUCGGCCUUCUACAAGCACGAGAGCUGCGGACAGUGCACUCCAUGCCGCGAGGGCCUCCACUGGGUCAACAUGAUCAUGCAGAGAUUCGUGACGGGCCAGGCCCAGAUAGCGGAGAUCGAUAUGCUGUGGGAACUGACCAAGCAGAUCGAGGGCCAUACCAUCUGUGCUUUGGGUGAUGGCGCCGCUUGGCCUCCACAAGGACUCAUUCGUCACUUUCGGCCGCUGAUCGAGGAGAGGAUCAAGGAGCGAGAGGCUUGCGAAAAGGCUAAAGCCGAAGAAGAUUCUUGUUUGGAUAAAGCGGAAGCCGAGGAAGAUUCUUGUUUGGAUAAAGCUGAAGCCGAGGUAGAUUCUUGUUCAGAAUAAAGCGUGUGCCAAGAGUGCAGUGACACACCAUCUCUA